GGCAUAGAACAGUUGUAGUCUUUUUCGGUAUUAAUCUUUCUGAAUAGAGAAGUUACACUUGUCCCAUCCAGUUUUGAAAAAGCCUUUGUGCAUGCAUUCAAUGGACUUUUCUACCCAAGUUUUUACAGCUUGAAUUUCACUUACAAAUCAAGAAACAAGGACAGACAGAUCUGCUCCUGACAUCCAGAAAGCGCAUUAACCCUGACAUAUCUCAGCUGGAGAUCACAUAAGCUAGAGAUCUGAAGAAAUUUGCAUAGUUUUUGUCGUUUUGACAUCUUUCUGCUUUAGACAAUUUCAUCAAAGAUGAGCCACUUUCUAUUCCAUGGUGCCGACGCGGACACCAAAGAGGAGGAUCCUAUCUACGGCCACGAGCUGGAAGAUGAUGCCUUUGGCUCUGUAAGUCGUGAAUCCACGAUCGAAUUUCCAACCCAAGAUUUGGAAUCCUAUGACGGUGAUGACGAGCUCCAACGUAGACUCGAGGAGUUGAUCGACGACGCCGAUGAUGCCCAAUUGGCAUUGGAUGCUGCUGAAUACAGCCACACAAAUUUACCAGAACAUGCUUGUGCUUAUUGUGGAGUUCAUUCUACACAUUCCGUAGUAAAAUGUAACACUUGUAAUAAGUGGUUCUGCAAUUCCAAAUCAAACGGAAACAGUUCCCAUAUCGUAACUCAUUUGGUCAUGUCCAGACACAACCAGGUCUCUUUACAUGAAGAUUCAGAUCUUGGAGAUACAACCUUGGAAUGCUACAACUGUGGCAACAAGAAUGUUUUUAUAUUGGGAUUUGUUAGUGCUAAGCAAGAAUCUGUAGUAGUAAUCUUGUGUCGUUUGCCAUGUGCCCAAUCCAAAGAUGUUAACUGGGAUACUUCGCAUUGGCAAUCAUUGAUAGAGGACCGGCAAUUUUUAACAUGGGUAGCAGCAGUACCAAGUGAGGAGGAGUUGGUAAAUGCCAAGCUCAUUACUCCAAAUCAGAUUUCCAAGUUGGAAGCACAGUGGAGAUUGAACAGAGACACAACCAUCGACGACAUCGAAAAUAAUAAUGACGAACAAGAAGAAGUUUUGCCUAUUUUGAUGAGGUACAACGACGCUUUCCAGUACCAACGGUCCUUUGCACCAUUAGUAAAAUUAGAGGCCGAUUAUGAUAUGAACUUAAAGGAAUCUCAGGCUUUGGAACACAUCCAAGUCAAAUGGGCUCUUGGUUUAAAUAACAGGCAUUUGACUUCAUUCACGUUAUCCACAUAUGAAAGUAACGAUUUGAAAGUUGCUGUUGGAGACGAAAUUAUUUUGCGUUACACCGGAGCUCACGAUGAAAAAUGGGAAGGAAGAGGAUUUAUUGUUCGGCUUCCGAACGCUCAUCAGGAAGAAUUUACCUUAGAAUUAAAUGCUGCUAAAACAGCUCCACCUACACAUUUAUCCACUGAUUUCACGGCUGAAUUUGUGUGGAAGGGUACUUCUUACGAAAGAAUGCAAGAUGCCAUGAAGCUAUUUGCAGUUGAUGAAGAGUCUGUGUCAGGUUAUAUUUACCACAAAUUGUUGGGGCAUGAAGUAGAACCAGUUGAAUUUGAUGUAAAACUACCACAGCGAUUUUCUCACCCAAAUUUAACAGAACUUAAUGUUUCUCAAAUUAAUGCAGUUAGAUCGGUAUUACAAAGGCCACUUUCAUUAAUCCAGGGACCUCCUGGAACUGGUAAAACAGUCACAUCAGCCACGAUUAUUUACCAUUUGACGAAAUUGAAUAAAGAAAAAAUCUUAGUUUGCGCUCCGUCAAAUGUCGCUGUCGACCAUCUUGCAGAAAAAUUAGAUUCUUUAGGGUUGAAAGUUCUUAGACUUACAGCAAGAUCCAGAGAAGAUGUCGAAAGUUCAGUUAGCCACUUGUCUCUUCACAAUUUGGUCAACAGAACGGCGAAGGGUGAAUUAAAAAAAUUACUUCGUUUACGUAACGAGUUGGGAGAGUUAUCUCUUAGCGAUUCCAAAUCUCUUAUCAGACUUAUUCGUACUUCAGAAUCAAAAAUCUUAGCACAAUGUGAUGUUGUGUGCUGUACUUGUGUUGGUGCAGCAGACAGGAGACUAUCCAAUAUCAAAUUCAGAACAGUUUUAAUCGAUGAGAGCACUCAAGCAUCAGAGCCAGAGGUAUUAAUUCCAAUUGUCAAAGGUGCCAAACAGGUAAUUUUGGUUGGAGAUCAUCAACAAUUGGGCCCAGUCAUUUUAGAUAAAAAGGCUGGCGAUGCUGGUUUACGUCAGUCACUCUUUGAAAGAUUGGUGAUUUUAGGUCAUGUUCCAAUUAGAUUGGAAGUCCAAUACAGAAUGAAUCCAUGUCUUUCUGAAUUUCCUAGUAACAUCUUUUACGAGGGUUCUUUGCAAAACGGUGUGACCAGUGCACAAAGAAGAAUAGAAUCGUCUACUUUCCCAUGGCCAGUAUACGAUAGUCCAAUGAUGUUCUGGGCUAAUUAUGGCCGUGAAGAAAUUAGUGGAAGUGGCAAUUCAUACUUGAACAGAGUUGAAGCUAUGAAUGUGGAAAAAAUAAUCACUAGAUUAUUUAAGGAUGGAGUUAAGGCAGAACAAAUCGGUGUCAUUACACCUUACGAGGGCCAAAGAGCAUAUCUUGUUCUGUACAUGUCAAUUAACAGUACAUUAGCUGAAUUUAAAGAACAAUACCUUGAGGUUGAAGUCACCAGUGUGGAUGCUUUCCAAGGUCGUGAAAAGGAUUAUAUUAUUUUGAGUUGUGUUCGUGCAAACAGCAGUCACCAAAUUGGUUUCUUGAGCGACCCUAGACGACUCAAUGUUGCAUUGACCAGAGCAAAAUACGGUUUGGUAGUUUUAGGUAACCCAAGAGCUUUAUGCCGCAAUCGUUUAUGGAAUCAAUUAUUAAUCCACUUCAGAGAAAAGGGUUGUUUGGUGGAUGGCCCAUUAGAUAAUUUGCAAUUGUCAAUGGUACAAUUGAAUUCCAAUAACACGAGACCUGGACUUCCACAACAAAACCAACCAAGAAGAAAAUUCGCUCAAGAGUCUACAAUUGCACCCAGCUCUACAGAAUUUGAUUCUGCCAGUAUUGUAUCUUAUGAUCCAGGAUCUACAAUCAACGGCAAGUCAGAAACUUCUCGUGCUAGCAGGUGGCCUACCCUCGGCCAUAACAAGCAAGAAAAUGUUUAUGACGCUUCUUCUAACCCCAUACAUGCUAAUUUUUUCAGCAAGUUGAACAAAUUAAAUUCCACAUAUGAGGGGAGAUAUAACAAUAAGCUUGAGGCGCCUGGAUCUAGCACCGCAUCAUGGCAACAAUUUCAGUCGAGACUCCAAGAAAGUGACAGCCACAAUAAUAUCGAAGAUGAUAUUCGGUCUGUGACGAGUUCAUUUGCGGCAGGAUUAAACUUUUGAGCGGCAAUAUCAGUCCAUCCUGCAUCACUUUUGACUCACCGGCCGACAGGUACGGUGAUCUUAGAUCACCAGGAAACAUUUCUGUGUCAGUAUUUCGAGGGAGCCCCUGGUACCUGACAAGGAAAAGGGCUUGUAUUUUCCACGGUUUUGGGAAGUUAAUAUUUACGGUCCUAGAAGACAGUUUUGACACGCCGUAAAAAUAUGUACAAUGCAAUUCGAAUUGUUCCUACUUAAAAAUAGGCAAAAUAGAUGAUAAAAUUAUUUAGGUUUCAAUUGUCUAUUUGACUCUGGCAUGGAGAACACACAGGAGGCACCAAUCUCCCGAUAGCCGGAUAGUAGGCAGCACGUUCAUAACUGUAGUUACGCAAGUAGAGGAGAUCCUCCCGCAGAUUGGGUCUGAACAUGCAUGAAGAUUUAUU